GACCUUCUAUGAUCAGGUCACAUCUAUAAUAAUUAUAAUUUCCGGGUCUUUCUCUGACAACCUGAUCCUACUACUCCUUUUCAUUCCAUUCCUCUCCCCAUGCGCCUCUCUUCAUCAUGAACGACCCGCAGGCCCCGACUAUUGUUCCCGGGUCCGCGAAGCCCGCCGGCCCGUCGCUACUUGCCUGUCUGCUCUGUCGCCACAAACACCUCAAAUGCGAUGGCAAGACACCCAUCUGUGGCCGCUGUCUGUUGACUGGCUCGGAAUGUCAAUAUACCAAAUCGCGACGGGGAUACAAGGGUCCCUCUAAGAAGCGUCGCGCCGAGCCAUACUCUCCCGACCAACUUGUCACGGAUCCCGGCCCCGGCAUGGUCGAAGUCCCCCUCGACUGGUCUCUCCAAGGGAGCUUCAAUUAUGCGCCACACACCGUGCCAUUGCCCUCGUCCGGAUCGGCCAGUCCAUCAUUCAAUGGCAUGUCGAACAUCCCGGCAACGACCAUGACAUCAACCCCAACUACAGCCACGACGACGCCUCCCGCUCGCACGAUCACAGGUCCACUGACCCCGGAAUCUGCUUCCUCGGUCGGCAGCGACGGGUACCUCCUCGACAUUUAUUAUACCUACUUCCACUCGGCUCACCCCAUUCUCCCGCCGCUGCGCCUACUGUAUCGUGGCGUCCAGUUCCCCGCCUAUUUGGAACAAGUAAUGAAGUUCAUCGCCGCACACUUUACCCCCGCCGCUUCGCCAGAAACCUACCGACCGACCGUUGUUACAAGUGUACGGGACCAGCUGCCUUCCGUUGAAAAGGUGCAGGCAUGGCUUCUAUUGGCGAUCGUGCUGCACUCGCGUAAUGAGCGUGGAGAGGCCAAGGAAUGUCUAGACGCCGCGGUCGACCUGGCAUUUGAGCUCGGCCUGAAUCAGGCCGCUUUUGCCGAAAUUGCAAGUAACGGGGACCCAAUCCGGGCAGAGUGCCUGCGCCGCACCUGGUGGGAGCUGUUCGUCGUCGAGGGUCUAUUGACUGCCCUUGGCGUACAGCAGGUGUAUCGUACGAACUUGGUGCCACUCGAGGUGCCCCUCCCGUGUGAGGAGCGCAUCUACCAGGAUGGCCUGACCCCGCCACCUUCGCCGACCAUCGCACAGUUUGAUGAACGUGUAUUUGCCGAUGACGAGCGCGAUUUCUCAUCCUAUUCGUACCGAAUUGAAGCUGUGCGGAUUCUCGGUCGUGUGGUGGCGACCCAGGAGAUGGUGGAAGGUCAGCAGGACCACGUGGAGGCUAUCGAUGCACGCAUUGCGAGUUGGUUCCUUCACUUGCCCGAGUCCAAGUCCGAGCUGAUGCGACCCGAUGGAUCGGUGGAUGAGAUCAUGUUCCAGGCGACUAUGAUUGUGAAUGGAGCUUCCAUUUAUCUGAAUUUCCCUCGGUCGGAUCUUUUGUCUUCUCCCGCGGUCGCGUCAGAGGUGAUUUGUGGCCACCAUGGCCCGAUCAGCGUCCCUGCCUUUUCCCAUCAUGCUCAUGCCAUGAAGGCAGUCAAGGCAGCCAGCGAGUUAUCCGCUUUGGCGGCUAUCCGUCUCCCCGUCGAACGACACACCCCAUUCUUCAUCUGCGCUCUCACACUGAGCUCCAUGGUCCAAUUGGCAGCCUGCUCGGUCAAGGCAGGCCAGAUGCCUGAUCCCAGUCGUGAUCGUAUUGGUCUCACCAUCGGCGUUUUCAAGACGCUGGCUCGUACCUGGGCCAUUUCCCAAUCAAUUAUGCGUCAGAUCAAGGCCGUAGCCCGUGACGUACUGGAUAUGGGUGUGCGCCCGAGCAUUGACUCACUUGAUCUUACCUCGAUUUUGGAUGUCAAUGAUCGGUUCUGGAUUCAGGAUGGACCCAGCUGAAUUUGACAUGGGCGCGGCACGAUCAAUCUACAUGGGGAUUACUCCGAGACUCGUAUAUGUUCCACAUGGUCAGCAUGAAUGCUGAUCGGAGGGUCAUGGGUCGGAAGCACUCUACUCUGUAGCCAGGGUGAACAUUUCGAUCUUGGGCACCCUAGCGGGACCAGUUGCCAUGGCUCUUCAUUGCUAGAGGGACCAAGCAAAUCACUACUGUGACUGCAGUAGUUCGCUGACAUGGCACCUUGUCACCCCAUCGGAGUGUUUCCGGCCAUGUCAACCUUUUGAGACGCACCCUGGCAUAGCCAAUGCACUUUCGCCAUUGGGGACGGAAGACCAGUGGUCACUCUACUAUUAUUCUCGCGUUACGGGUGAAAUCCAAGAAGCCAUUGAUGGUAGAACUUGUUUGCCUAUGGUGCUAGAUCAUGGCCUAUAGCGGCAAGACAUCCGAGAGAUAAUAUGACCUCUCUUCCGGCUUUUAUCCGUCCUUCAAUUGUCUAUAUACUCGUUCCAAAGCCUAGGGGCUGCCGGAUCAGGGUCUCUGGAGUAAUCCCUCGCUCAAGAAUGAGUUUUCGAAUGUCCUCACAAGGAGAUUUAAGAGCAUACUUGAAAGAGAUUUCCUCCGAUCGCGAAAAUGUAUACCCCUCACCACGCUCAACAACCGGCGAAAAUCAGCGGGCUUCUCGAGAGUGACGGCAGUGAAUAAAGCCCUACUGGUGGUUUCAGCACUAGCUCCGAAUGAAAGGAUCAACUUGGUGAGAAGAUAGCUCUCGUGCUGCUUUAUGACUUUCUGAAGUCGAAGUUCUAAAAUUGACGUCUAGCCAUGAAAUCUUCAAAGUGAGGGUGACCUCAUCGUAUCUUGACUUGCAUCUAAUUCCUGAAGUAGCUUAAUAACUCUAGGAUGGGGCAGAAGCCACUGCAUCGUAUAGAGGAGUAGAGCUAUUGAACUUCAGAUUAGCAAGAAAUCAAAUUAGCACCCAUCGUCCUAUAAGAUAUUCGAUUUGAUAUUUAUCUCGCGUUGAAAUUGACAUCAGCGCCAAGCUUUAUAAUAUGUUUGACGGGACUCUGGUCGCCUCUUCCUGCUACAUAGGAAAGCAUCCACUGAAUUGCAGAUUGAAUGGUCAACUUGGGAUGAAAGUCGGGGUACCUGUGUAGUUUCGCCACUAGAUAAUCCUCGAUACCAUAUCUGUUCAGAGAUAGCUAAUAUAAUCCAAGCGAGAUAAGCAUUCGAG